CCCGAAUCAACCACAUCCUUAUCACUCAACGCCCAACAGUCAUGGACCAAGCUGCUAAUUCCGAGAAGCUGCUCAUGUUCCGCACUCCCAACGAGGAGGCACAGCACAACCAGAUCUUCAUCUUUAACUCCCCGAUUGACUACAAGGACCAGCAGCUGAUUGUCUACCAGAAGCCAGGAAUGCCGAACGGAGGAGAGCCAGGACCUGGACCGGGAUACGGUUACUGUGUGGUAUACAAACGGGAUCACUAUGUGAUCAACAAUCCCCCCAACUUCCACAGUCCCACGAAGCGUAGCUUCCUCAACGAAUGCAUCCGGCAGCUGUAUUUGAUGAACGGCAUGUGUCACAAGAUGUACUGGUGCAGCACCAGUGCCAUGGCCCUGAGCACACCCACCGAGGUGUGGCACCAGGUCAACAGCUGCCUCCAGCCAGAGCGACUGACCGCCAAGACGGAGAGCCUGAAGCGCGUAAAGCGACAGCUGUUCCGCGAGGAACGCGGAGAUCGCAAGAACCCAAAACCCCUGAAGGGUAAGAUGUGGGGCACCCAGGUCUUCUACUUCAAAUCGAUGCGUGAAAAGCUGGGCAGGCGACAUGUGCGACGAGGCUACCUCAAGAUUGCCCGUCAAACGGCCCUGCAGGCCAUGAUCUGCGAGAAUCUGCAACGCGAGAUGAUCUGCACCCCGGCGGUCUGCCGGACCGUGAUCAGUGCUGCCGAGGGCAUCUUCAAUGUGAAUGCAGGAGUUAUCGGUGACAUCUGCAGCUAUCACGACAAUGCGGCGCGUCAUCAACCCGCCGUGGAGGGUCGCCUGACGGCUGGUGAGGCGCGUCUGAGGAACAACCAGGCCUGUCGAUUGACACAGCGAGCCAAGCGAUUGGAAGCCAUGUUCAUACACGAACAAGUCCGCAGGGCUGUCCAGAACCAUCAGCUCAUCCUGGAGGAGUCUGUGCGUUCCAUCUUCUAUGCCAAGGAGCUCUUCCGUCUUAUUGAGGAUCACGAAGAGUUUGUCUAUACGGACAACAAGAUUCUGGGCAAGAGUUGAAGGGCUCUCCCUACACUGGGCCUAGCCACGGAUCUUGUUCUUUCAUAUACUUACUUACUAUAUAAUUGUU